CAGAAUUAAAAAAGUGUUCGGGUAUUUCGUGUGGCGUACAUUUUGUUCUCGCGUUAAAUUCUUAUUAUUACAUUUGAAUAGAAAAUUGUAGAAUUCUUUUAAGUGUUACUUGCUAAAUUUACAAAUACUUGUUAUUUGUGCACAAGAACUCUGAAAAACGUGGAUGAUUGUGCAGCGAGGAUAAAUCGCAGUAAAUUUUUUAAUGUGGAAAGUUUUUCAUUAAAAAAAAUUAAAAUAAAAUCAAAAACAAAUACCACUCAUCAACACAUUUGGCAACGCAAAAUUCAUUCCUAGUAACAUUUCCGGUUGUGAAGUGCAUUCAUUGGAGUUUUCACAUACUGUGGUGCAGGGAUAUCAUCAUCACCAUCACCAUCACCUUCACUGCCACUACCAUUGCCACCAUAAACACUACCACACCGCCGCUAUAACCACUACACAGACAUAGUUUGCAGAACUCGCCAUCAACGCGGCCACUUACACACUCUCAAUUGACCAAAUGAAAUAAUCAUAACCAAACUAAAAGUUUUGCACGAUUCGAUCAAUUUUUCAUUUGUGUGCAUAAAAUCAGCAUUAAAUUGACAUAAAUUCACAAGUUGCUUAUUGUACUCAUCAACCGCCGCAAUGAGUUUGUGGUUGAGUGUUGGAUGCUUUCCCGAGCUCGAACAACAAAUGCGUGAGUACUACGAAAAGAAGGGUCUCACGGAAAUACGCAUGCGCUUAGCGUGGUGGAUUGAAGAACAAUUAUUAAUAAACCCACCUGAAAUAGCGCCAACCUAUGAAUUGGCCGUAAAAUUAGCAAACUCAUUCUGCGAGGAGCUCAAACUAAAGCUCAAGUCUUUUAAAUCUAAUCGUGAUCAAUUUAACAAGGAUAUUUCACGAAUUUGCAAAGAUCUUCAACAAAUAGAACCUUUAAAGCUCUAUUUAUAUCUAAAAAGGGGUAUCAGACUGGAACUUCAGGCAUUGAAGGCAAUGCCUCAAAACCCCCACAUGUAUAAUCCGGCUGUUGUAGGUUGCAAUGUGAAUGGGAUCGGUAUGAAUACGUGUAAUCCAUAUUUGAGCGGCGUUGGCGGUCACCUUGGUGAUGUGCAUAUAGCCGAGGAUGCGUACGCUUUGCCAGCGCGCAUACAAAAACUGGCUGUCGAUGUUGAGAAUAUGCGUUUAGCCAUACAGAGCGUCCAAGGUGAACAGGAGGCAAUUUGCAAAUAUUUCAAUCAGACACGUGCAAUGUUGACGCCACAAGAGAUACAGGAACUGGAUAAUCAAUACAAGGACAAAUAUCUGAUUUUGUGUGACCGUAAGCAGGUGGUAGUGAACGAUUUGCGACGCGUCAUCAGCGAAUAUGAUACGAUACAGGAUCAAGUGAUAAUGGCAUUGAAAAUGUGGCAACGAAAUCAAGCGUUGGCCGGCAAUGGGGCGCCAUUUCACGAUGACUUAGACGACAUACAACGCUGCGUGGAGAUGCUAGUCGAUAUGGUUGCUAAAAUCCAUGCUUUUGUCAGCAGUCUGCGGAUAAUGAGUGAGGGUGAAGAUUCCGUACUUACUGAUUUGCUAAAUCACGUACGAUCUGUACAAAAGAUGCUUGUCUUAUCUGCUUUUAUAGUAGAGCGCCAGCCUCCCCAAGUCAUGAAAACACAUACGAGAUUUGCCGCCGCUGUACGAUGGCUGAUUGGGCCGCAACUUGGCUUAUAUUCAAACAAUCCGAUUAUAGAAUGUGUUAUACUCUCAGAGGCCCAAGCCCAGCGGCAUGCUGCUCAAAACAGCAACUCAGAUAUGCAAACUUGCGCUCCUCAAUCCUCGGGCGAAAUAUUAAACAACGUCAGCACAAUGGAAUAUCAACAAGCGACACGCGUAUUUUCCGCAAGUUUCAGAAAUAUGCAGUUAAAGAAAAUCAAGCGCGCCGAAAAGAAAGGCACAGAAAGCGUCAUGGAUGAAAAGUUCUCCUUACUCUUCUACACAACAGUCGUUUUCAAUGAAUUUAAGAUUAGUUGCUGGACACUUUCCUUGCCUGUUGUUGUAAUUGUGCACGGCAAUCAGGAGCCACAAUCCUGGGCCACAAUUACUUGGGAUAAUGCUUUUUCUGAUAUAACACGCGAACCUUUCCAAGUUCCGGAGAAAGUGCGUUGGGCACAGCUGUCUGUGGCUUUAAACACCAAAUUUGGCUCGGCGACAGGCAGAAAUUUAACAGAAGAUAAUUUAAAUUUUCUUUAUGAGAAACUUUUCCGCAAUGAAGCAGGCGAGCAUGCAGAAUUCAUUACGUGGGCGCAAUUUUGCAAAGAACCUUUGCUAGAUCGAUCCUUUACAUUCUGGGAUUGGUUCUUUGCAAUUAUGAAAUUGACAAAGGAUCAUUUAUUGAAUCUAUGGAAAGAAGGUCUGAUUGUGGGUUUCAUAAAUAAACGCAAGACUUUGGAGGAAAUAUUGCCAAUGCAGCAGUGUGGCACAUUUUUGUUGCGCUUUUCAGACAGCGAAUUGGGUGGCAUAACCGUGGCUUUUGUCGAUGACCAGGGCAACAAACUUAUGCUGGCACCAUGGACGUCGCGAGAUUUGAAUAUACGCUGCUUGGCGGAUCGCAUACACGACUUGAACGUACUGCGCAUUGUUUAUCCAAAGAAUUUGCCACGAGACGAGGCAUUUGGCACCUUUUAUUCUCAUAAUAUCGAAGAACAAACAACACGCGAUGGUUAUGUAGCAAAUACAAUAAGGGCACAUGUGCCGGCCAUAGAGGGUGGUUCUGUAGUGGGCACGCCGCAGCAUCAGCCUCAAGAUAUACCCAUGCCAAAUUAUAUCGAUGGUCUUGACGACAUCGAUUGGAAUAACGUAAUGGUCUGAAUUGGGUGGGCUGUAUGAAGACAAAGAAAAAACGAAUUGGUAUAGAAAUGGUCAAUUGCUUAGUGGAGUGCAAUAACUCAUGUGCUCAAGACUGUUUAAGCAGUGACAAUUUUAUUUCUGAUUUCGAUUCAAUUUUAUAUUGAUGGAUGUGGAUAGACAUACACGCACAUGCAAUACACUUUUACCAUGGAAAACUAUUUAUAAUAAAUAAAAUAUGAAUAUAUACAAAAUGAUAAUUGGCUGGAAAAAAAAAUAUUUCGCAAUCGCGCUCGCUCACGCGCCUCAUCUUAAUAUACAUCCAUCUGUUUAAAUAUGAGCAACGAACGAGAGAUCCUUAGCGAGUAAAUAAAUAUAACAACAACAACAUAGCUAUUACCGAUAAUUCGCGCACACGCUCAUCUCACCAACACCACCACCACCCACAACAAUCAACUGAGUGCGAGAUGGGCAUUAACUCUCUCUCCUUCGGUAAUGUUCACCUACCACCGCAAUUACGUUGGAGGGGAAUUUUCAUUCACUGACGAAGGCGAUCAUAUUCAAAAAUUGCUGAAUUUUUUGCUGUUAUGGAAACUUGCAAUGAUUUAAUUUUACUACGUUUACGAAAGUAAAAUGAUUUAUGUAUAUGCGAGAAUUUUAGAGAAGUCAGCUACCUAAAAAAAACAAAAACACAAAAAACAAAAAAAAAACACAAAGAAGAAUGAAAUGCCUCCUUGUGCACAUGAGGAGGAGGUCCAGUUGCCAUUUUGCAGGUUAUGAUGCGUUUACUUUCAUAUCACACAAGUCGAUGCUGAAUACAUAUAACUGUAGUUUACCGUUAUGCAUGCUGUACCGUCUUGAAAUUACAAUAAGUUAUGUAUAUCUGUUAAAUACAUGAUUUGUAUUGUUUUUUUUUUUAACUCUUCUUACCCCUUCAAAUACUUUUGUGUUGAUGUUACCACAAAGCAUAGUUUAAACGUAAAUGUAAUAUUUUUAUACUCGUCGUUGCCUUAUAGUUACAGUAAACUUUUUUUAUUAUUAUUAUUAUUAUUAUUAUUUUUAUUAAACUAUUUUUAAUAGUAAAAUGAACUAUUCGAUGUAUUGUACAAUUUUAUUAAUAAUAUUUGUUCUGUUGUGGUUAAACAAAACGAAACAAAAGUAAUCGAUUUUGAAUGUUUAUUGCAUGUCUGAAAUAUAUACCGCGUGGUGCUGUGCCCACGAAAUUUUUGAACUUUUUAAUGAAAUGUUAAAUGUGAGGAAAAAAGUUUUAUCGUUGAAGCAUAAGAAAUAAAAGUGAAAAUGUAAGAAGAAUAAAAGUGAAAAAAUAAGAAGAAUAAAGGUGAAAAAUAAGAAGAACAAAAGAGACACAAAAAAUGAGAAGAAGACGAAGAUAGAAAAAAUCGCAAACAGAGUUUAAGUCAACCACUGAGCGUUGAAUGUUUGACGAUUCUAGUUGUGUAUAAUUAGUCUAAGUGUGUAAUAAAUUUAAGUAGCAUUAAGAGCUCAUUCACUCCAAUGAAAACCUAACGACACAUAUUCUUUUGAAAGUAAGUUACGAAUGUGAGCAACACCUUCUUGAAGAUGAGUAUUUUUUAUUUUAUUUUAAUAAAAUUUAAUUUAAUUAAUAAAGUAGAAAAUGGGCGUAUUCAGUGCGCGCUUAAGAAAGGAA